UAUAAUACCCUCCUUUUGUUGUAUUCAUACUAGAAUUUUCAUUAUGCAACAUCUUCGAUCGUCAUUCUUGGAAAGCUAAAAAUAGAACUACAAAAAUUCCAUGUUCACAUACACGCGGUGCCGCCUAUUUAACUAUCAGUUCCCACAUACAUUCCAGACCACUUCGCUGACCACCUCAAGUCAACCUGGCGACAAAACUACAGAGAGGAAGAGAACUUAAAGUGAUCAUGAAUUAGAAAUUGAAAGAGGGCGAUAUACAAAACCAAAGAAGCCAAUUGACAAAAGGAAAUGCCCCCACUGCGACUCAGUAGAAGAUGAAGCACACUUUUUUCUAGAAUGCAGUGAACACAGAGUCGAACGGGAAAUACUGUUCGCUUCAAUACCAGAGUGAAGCAAACUUAGGACGGAAACUCAGAUAAGUUGCCAUGGGAAAUAGUCCGUCUCAAAAUGAAGCACUAUGGGCAGCAAUAGCCCGACAACCGUCCAGGGUUCAACAGGUGCUGAACCAAGGUAGAGCAGACCUGACCGAUAUGUCACCACCACCGAAGUAUAACCUGCAAGGCAGUCCUCUCCAGGCUGCUCAAAAAAUGAAAGAAAAGUAUAUGAGUACAUCCAUGACCAACUUGGUUCAUGUGUACGACCAGAUUAUACACCUCCUGGAAGGAGCGAUGGAUGAGCAGAUCGUCGAGGCAGUUAAAAACGGAAACAAAGAGCAAUUAGUCAAGUUACACCGAGCAGGAGGCGACAUAUACCAAGUUAGUAAACCAACAGUAAGUGGUUUGAAGAUGGGCCUUCUUGAAUUGGCGGCAACACUACCAGGAGACAGAAAUAACAUCGUGGAAUAUCUGCUGAGAGAAGACCCACAGAAUGCAAAAGCCAUAACUUUCUUUGCAACGGGCCAGGUGGGCCUAAACACAGUUGCUCAAAACGCUGGAAAUCCUAACGUUGCCAACGCCAUUUACUAUGCCAUGGGGCGAGCUCUCAUCCACGCGUCUCAGAACGGACAAUUGGACUCGGACGCGGUCACAAGACUUGUAAAAGUAUUUGGGGUCGACGUCGACUUCCUGGACGAAGAACAAGACAGAAGCACACCUCUGAUGUAUGCGGUACUCGGAAAGAAAACAGAUCUUGUAAAAUUGCUUGUGGAUGAGGGUGCAGAUCCAGAAAUGCAGAAUGACAGAGGACAAACGGCAAUGGGGAUCUGCAGACAUUCCGAGACCAGGAAUGCUCAGAUUGAAACCAUCCUCAAGAAUGCCAUAACCAACAAACACAUAAGACGAGCAGUCAUGGAAAGUGGUAUGACCCUCACAGUGGCUGAUCUACAAGAAAGCUGUCCUCAAGGUUUCAAUGUUAAUGCUGCUGAUAAGGAAGGUAACAGUUUGCUGUGCUUAACCAUCAUCCAUAACUGCUCCAUGGAUAUUCUAACAACACUCGUUACCUCCUACAGCGCUAACAUUAACCUGCAGAACCACAGCGGUGAAGGACCGGUGGAGCUUGCCGUAAAAAGUGACAGACCGGACGUGUUAGAGAUGCUUCUUCAGCACGGAGCAGACAUGAAAAGACCGAGGUGGACGCUGUUAGACUUUGCCAAAGAUCACAAUGCAUCCGAAGAAGUUUGUGCCGUUAUCAAAACUGAAGCCAACGCACGACUGUGGAGAUCGGUAGACCAGGGGAAAGAAGAUAAUUUGAAAGAAUCUCUUCUGGUUGGGGCUGACAUAAAUUUCUGUUACCACAGCGACGACCAUAGGAACGUAAUUAAUGGUUGGACUCCGCUUCACCUUGCUGUGGACCGCGAAAACGUUGACAUACUGAAGCUCUUAUGUGAAAUGAAAGCUGAAAUCAACAAGGGCGAGGAAAAAGGGGGGAAACCGCCGCUUGCUUUUGCCAUAGAAAGAGGUAACUUCCAAAUGGUCCAACUACUUCAUCGAUUCGGCGCUGAUAUCCACAGGCAGUGCAACCAUGGCAACACACCUCUGAUAUAUUCGGCUAUUGGCGGCCAUGUACCAAUCUUGCACUUCCUGUUGAAACUUGGUGCAGACGAAAAUAAGCGAAACGUGGAAGGAAAGUCAGCGCUAGACGAGGCUAUUCGAGGCAAUCAGGAUGACAUCGUCAACACACUAAACGAGCUGGACUACGAUCAUUCUCUUCCUGGCAAAACAGAGAGAGGCCAUUCCAAGCCCUCUGAUUCGGUAGAUGUUUGCCCCCCUGUCACUGUUCCUGAGACACGGAUCAUGACUUUGCCCAUGAUUCCACUUGAGUCUGGAUUCCGAAAAGUUGCCGGGGGGCUGCUUGGGACAACGCUGAACGAAAAACUAAUGGAAGCAGCCCAACGAGGCGAUUACGACAACGCAGCCUUGGCCGUUGCCGAUGGCGCUGACAUUAGAUACCGAAACAAGAGAGGACACACAGCAAUGGAUGAAGCGAGAUUGUCUGCCGAAAAGUUUAGACAAGAAGCUAAUCGACAGACUGACCCAAAUAUGAAAACUUACAAGAUAGGCCAAUACAAUAUGUGCCUUCAAUGCUCUGAUCAGCUGGUUCGAAUACUUGUGAACGGUCAACUAAUUAAGGCAGUACAACGUGAGACCUUAGAAAGAGUGCAGACUCUACAUAAGGUCGGUGGCAACAUCAACCAGUGCUCGGACACGAUGCCUCUUGGGCUGGUCGGGAUCCUUUGCCAAAGCCAGGACAAACCUGAAAUACUGAAUUACCUAGUUGAGUGUGAUCAAACCAAUUUGCGUACCCUAUGUGUCACUGAUCAAAACCAGAAGUCGCCGCUAGAUUACGCAAAAGAAAGGGGUUUUACUCGCCUUGAGACAUACAUCGUCGGCCGUUUAGGCGUUUGGUUGAAGGCUGCUGUAAAGCAAAACAAAGCUGAAGAUUGCAUGGUGUUGUUACAACGUGGUGCGGCACCAGAGAUAGCAGACGGCAAUACGUCGUCGAACAUCGCACAGGCCGUGCUGCAAGGAAAUUUAGAAAUGGUGAAGCACUUGGUAACUUAUGGGGCUGACCCUGGUUGGAUAUUUCCUGAUGGAAAGUCCACAGUGACAGUUGCACAAGAGAAAUGGUCCUUUGAUAUAGCCGAAUAUCUUAAACAAAAAAUGAAGAACAAACAAGUCAGGGAAGCAGCAAGACAAGGAGAUGUUGAGGCCGUUAUGAGACUGCAUCGUGAAGGGGCCGAUAUAGACGAAUUGACCUACAAUGGCAACACAGCCACAAGAAUCGCUGUUCAAUCAGGAAACCUUCGACUUGUGCACUACCUGUUGUCCCACGGAGCCUCCCUUUUUCACAGGUUUAACGCCACCACUUUGGUGAAGGAGGCUGCGGACCUUGGAAACACAGACAUGGAAGAAUACAUCCGCCAUGUUGGACAACGUCGGUACCACGAAGCUUUGCGCCACGGGGACAUCAAUGAAUUAAAAGCCAUCUUUUCCCUCCAAGGUAUAGACCUCACGACACUCCCCGACGGGGAAACUGCGGGGACUCUGGUCACCAAAAACAACCAUGGAGAGGAAGUCGCCAGGCUGCUUAAAGAGCACGGAGUAGAAUUUGUUACCAAAAACGACAAAGGCGAAUUCCCGCUCGGCUUAGCGGCCCAAAAUGGCGACUUUGCCCUGGUGAAGUUUCUGGUUCGAGAGUGCGGUGUCAACAAAGCAGAGGUUGACAGACAUGGAAAAACAGCUGCCCAGAUUGCCCGAGAAGCAGGGUACACCCAAACAGCACAUUUUCUCGAGACUGAUGAGCUUCCCGAAGAAGAAGAAAUUGAGAAAGAAAAACCGAAAUUCUCGGAUGCGGAAUUGAUCAAUGCCACGAAGAAAGGGAAUAUGAAAAUAAUUGACGCCUUCAUAAAGGAGAAAUACCAGAACCGCCUGAGAAAGAUAAAGAUUUGCAAACAACUGAUAUACGAGGCCACUCGUAGAAAUGCACAAGAGAUAUUGAAAAAACUGAAAGACCAUCUUAAGGAGCUUGAAGAGGAUACUUCAGAACGUAAGCUGACUGGCAGCAGAAAUGUACAGAAGAUAUUAGACAGCUUUCUGAAUGGAAUGGUAAAGCGCUUUGCCAACGUUGACAACAUUGACGACAUUGAAGAUGAGAGUUAUUUGAGCAAUAUCAGUCAAAAGGUCAAAACUAAGACUACCAUGUUGUACACCGACCCAACAGAAGCUAUCGCAGAUGACGCUGAAAAGCUCUUCGAUCGUGCCGACGAUGUAAACCAGAAAAUGGCCAACCUGGAGGUGACGCGAGAGAGUAUCUAUACGGAAAUCACUGACAGAGAGGACAAGGCCAAGAAGGCAGUCACGCCGCGUGAAAGACUGAAACAUGGCGCAGAGCUAGAGCUGCUCAAGGAGGAGAUGGUUCAAGCGCAUGCAAUGCAAGCAAUAUUAACGAUUGAACAAGCAGCUAUUAAACGCAAGCAGCAAGCCAAUGAAAGGUUCAAAGAAAACAAAGGAGAAAAGUAUGUCUUUUUCGAAACAUUUAGAUCAAAGCUGCACACAUGGCUUGCUCGAUGUGAGGCUGCCUGUGGUGGUAUCAAAACUAAAGACGGAGGAUCCACAGUGGAAUUGUUUGGAGAAGACGAAGAAGUCGCUGAUCCAGAAAAACAUUCUAAUCAAUCGAUUGUCGCAGCUCUCAAUGCCAUGAAGAGCAGAGCAACUAGAGCCAUUCAAUUUACAAGACCGAAAGGAAAAAAGGAGGCAAAGCAGAUCGACUUCGUCGUCGUCAUGGCAGAGUUAGACAGGACAAUCACCAAUGCGGCGUUCUAUUUGACGCUGUGUUAUGCUGAACAAAUAAAAAUCUUACAAGGUGCCGCAGCGCUGAACAUCAAUCCACAAGACAGAGCUCAUAAUCCGGUAGAGUACUUGAGUGACUACUGUGUCUCACACAUCAUGACUUCUUUCAAGCGAGGAGAGUUUGGCAAUCCAAACAGCCCACCCAUUCAACUGGACAUGGUGCUCUACGAAACCAUCUUCCUCACAACCUUUGCCAACCCAGACAACGUCCACCAGACCUUAAUCGAGCGUGCUUCGCGGUGUGAAGUAACUAUUCACCAACCAAGAGGUGCCCGGCGGUGCCCGCUCUUGUACUUACUUCAAAAGGGAGGACUUAGAAGCAAAGGCGGAACAUCGUAUACUAUUGACGAUACCGAUACCAACAACUGUGGGUUCUACUGGGUAACGGACAGUCUAGCCGCUAACGUUGAGAAAUUCUGGAGAGAAAAUGGAGUGGCUUUUGAUAAAACAGAAGGAGGGGAUGAAUGUAUUGAUCUCUAUAGAGCAGAUGAAAGUGAAACUUCAACUGCUCAGCAAAUCCUAGAGUGGAGAGUCGACACCUACCUCCAAACGGAGGGCAUUACUCGACAGAACUUGGAGAACAGCGCAGUGUCAGCAGAGGAGAGGGCUAAAGAUUGGUUCUACACGAUCAAAGACGACGUGGACACUUGGAAAGCACAAAACAAAACUUGGGAAGAAAAAAUGGAAGAAAAAUUCAAAGAUUUCCAAACAAUGGUCAAUGCAGAAAAUAGUCAACACAAAAAUGAGACGCGUAGCAACAUUAAGAAGGCGGAGACUGAUCAGAACAAUUUCAAGAAAACAAUGGCGUCAAACUUCGCCCAACACAAAACAGAUGUACAAAACAUGUAUGAAAACCAUAAGGCCGCUUUGACCACUCUCCAUCAGGAGGGUAUGGAAAUGCUACAGACACAGUUCGAAACGUUUAAAAACCAGCAGAAGAUGAGACAAGAGGAUUUUGAAAAGGAAAUGAGACGCGACUUUGGGUUUUUGUCAGAUGAGCUUAGACAACAAGUGAACGAGGCCACCAGUCGCAUGGAACAAGAUAUUCAUUCUCUUGGCCAGGAGCUUCAAAGCAGAAUGAAGGUAGUUGAAGAACAGCAGCAGGAAAUGCACCAAAUGGUUCAGAAAACUCUUCAAGACAUGCGUGCUGAACAAAGAAAAGCAGAAAACGAAAUGCACAAUAAAUACACAGAGCAUGACACCUCGAUAAAGCUUGCAUUGGACCGCCAGACAAAGACAAACGAAAAAAUGGAAAAGGCACGGAAUGCUUGGGAGAAAACUGCUGAUGGCAAACUUAGAAGCUUCGACGACAAACUCUCACGGUGGAACAAAAAUUUGGAGACCAAAAUACAGAAGGUGCAAGAGGCAAUCAAACAUAACAUUGACAUGGCCUUGAAGAAUGCUGGGAAUAAUUUCAACGGCUGAGAUUUUGAAAGGAUUUUAUAAACUGGCUAUUUGUAACUUACAAAUAAUCGUCAUACCUAAAAAUUUGCCUUUGUGUGCGUCUUUCCUUACGUUUUGUUUGAAUUCGAUCUGUACAUAGAACAUAUAACACGAUAUUUCCAGCACAUCAGUGGAGCCCGUUAUCUAAAAUAACAUCUAAAACAGGAAGUGUUAUUAUCAGAACUAACCACCUCAAAGAAAACAUAAUUACAUCAGCUUUAUAAGUGUUCUUUCAUGUAGACGUAACUCUGCGGGAUAUUUCAGGUUAAAUAAGUGUGUAAAUAAGUGUGAGACGUUUAUUUGAAUAUAAACAGCCAUCUAGCUAUCUAGACACCUUUUUCACCAUGCAAGUUGAAUUGUUUUAUCAUUUUUUAUCAGAUAAUAUAUUAUUUCAAUUAUAUAUUUUCAUGCAUGAGAUAAAUAUUUUGAAAUAUUUUGUCAUAGAUUUUAUACAAUCACGAGACUUUGUGUCACCUACAGAUGAAAUCCUAAAGAUAACAGGAUGAGCUCAUUUUUGGAGUCUGGGGAUAUAUUUAAUAUUGUCAUUAUUAGAUGUCCACACACCAAGUGUACCAACAUUCCAGAUGUGAAUACAUUUUAUCAAUUUCGCCAU